AUGAAUUUGGAACUCUACGUGACGCUGCUCGAGCUAGCGAAGCUAACUCGCGGCGAGCCGAAUGGGGAGAAAGUUCUCAUGUGCCGUGCAGAGAAGGUGUGUGCUUCGCGGCCCCGAGAGUUUCACUCUGGACGGGUUUUUAAUCUGGGUGGCAGGCUGCUUGACGGGGACUACAAGGUUGGCUGUGAAGCAUCUUAUGCCAAUUUGUACUUCUACGAUGAAUGGGCGUUCGCGGCUUCCUUUAUUGAGGUAGGUGACAUCGUCGUGCUGAAGGGAUUCACUGUGCAGAACACCCCGCAGAUUGGGGAUGGCGACGUGGAGUUCCCAUUUUUCAUUACACCCGUCUUUCACUCGUCGACAUUGCGAGUGCUGCAGAGCGGGGUUCAAGGUGACAUCAUGGAAGUAGUUGUCAAGGCGGGUGCGCUGGACGUGCCUUGCGUUCGUGUUCUUCCAAAAACACUUCGAGCUCCUUUCAUUGCUAGUGAUGUGAAAUGA